ACGAGAAAUGAACAUCAAAGUGACAAGCGCGGCAAAAAUCAAAUCAAACUGAAAAAUAGUGUAUAGUGUAGGUGGUAGAGGAAGCAGGGAAGGGGAACAGGGGAUUACGCUGACCGGCAAUUGAUCAGAGAAUGUUGUAUAAAUAUAGCACAGUGAUUGAGCCAACCGACAGCCUAUUCAAACUGUUAUUAUGGCAUGCAAAAUCCGGCAAGAAAGUUGCUAGCAACAAACACAGAGAACAACGCCAGCAAGCACAAAAAAAAAAAAGUUUGCGCAUCGAAGCAAACAACCUGUCGACAGCGUUGAACGCAAGCAGCGACGUCGACAGUAGCAGCGACGCCAACAGCAUCGGCAGCAUCGACAGCAGCAGCAUUUGCUCUGUUCGGCGUGCGCCGUUUGCUUCAGUUUGAUUCUUGAUGCCGUUUAGAUCGGUUCUGCUUGGCGCGUGCUACGGACAAACUUGAAAGAAGAAGCCAAGUGAAAGACAAGUUGAAGCAGACGAAACAGAAGAACAGUCUUCAGAAAGAACCUUAAGAAGAACGGUCCAAAACAGCGACUGCUGCACAGUGCCCCAGUUGAGUGUUUUGUGCCCGCAAAUCAAAUUACAUAUUAAUAACAACAAUUGGAAACAAUAAAUAAACAUUUUAAGACUGUGACAACUGGCAAUUGUGAUAUUAAAUAAGUGUGUGAUAAAGUAUUUAAUUAUAAACUAAGCUAAAUUUAGCCAAAAUAUCAAAAACAAUACACAAAGAAUCCCAAAAAACAAAAUCACAAAAAUAAAAAUGCAGGAUUACUGGCACAUACCUCGCGCCUCGCUUGUCUCCUCCAGCAGCUCGGCCAUCAGCUCGGCGAGCUCUUCAAAAUCAUCGAACAAAUCUAACUCAAAUCCACCUACGCUGGCCCAACGCAGCAUCGUCUCGGCCAAUUCGAAUGCCACAAGCGCAGCAGUCACCGCGGCAGCUGCAGCGGCUGUGUUGGCAGCCGCCAAGCGAGGAUCCCGCUCAUCACAAGGCUCCACUGACAGCAACAACAGCACAAGGAGUGCCGCAUCCGGGUCACUUUUGCUGACGGCAGCGAAUCUGGAACGUUUUGCAGAGAUUCACAAGAAGCAGGAGCGUCAGCACAAAAUGCUGCUGACGGAGCAGCUGCCCAGUGUGCAUGGCAAUAGCUCCUCGUCGGCCAAUUAUAAUGCCAAUCUGGCAUUGGCCAGUAAUGCUAAGGAUGCGGUCAUACCCAUCGAUGCUGAUCCCAAUCUGCAGUACAUAAAAACCAAAGAUCUGGAUACCGUUUCCAUAGCCAGUUCCAUGCACUUUACCAUGGUCAAUGGUGAACCUGGUGGCGCCAAGAAACCCAAGCGAGGUCUCUGCGAUCGUGGACGUCAAGUGACGGUAUUAAUUAUCAGCAUGAGCACCAUUUUCUUGCUGCUCAUCAUGGGCAUGGUCUAUGCACUAGAGAUGCGCGCUCGUGACAUGCCCAAAAGCUAACGCUAUUAUUAUUAUUAACAAAUCUGUGGGGGUGUUCGGGGGUGGGCGUAACCCAUUUUGGCUUCUUAGUUUAUUAUUUAUUAUAUUUCCCAAAACGUUUCAAUUAUUGUUAUGCGUCGUCAACGUCUUUGAGCUAGUUCUUAAGUUAUUUAUUAUAAAAAAAACAAUUGUUUUCUGUGUGUCAGUUGAGAAGCGAAAUUUUCGUAUGACUUUCCAGUCAUAAUAGUAUUAAGCGAAAAAUACAAUGUAAUUAGCAAUUAAUUAAUUAAUGGAUACCAAUUAACAAAUUGUAUCACAGCAAACAAAGCCCUGGACAAUGAAUGAGAAACUGAAGUGAAUGCCGUAGAUAUAUACAAACAUAUAUAGAACUAUAUAAAUGUGUAUAUAAUAAUUGAGCCAAGCGAAUGUAUUUUUCUGUUAAAGAAUUAAGUUAUUUAGCCCUGUGAUAUGUCAAAUAAACAGAAUUUAAUUAAAUUUG